AUGGAACAAGAAAUAAGAGCUGUUGUUCUUGGGUGGCAGAAAUCUGACAAAGCCUCAGUGAUAAACAGCAUUUUAGGUGUUGAGGUCGAGUCUGACGAAUACUUUGUGAAGUCUGUGAAGAGAGACGGUGAAGUGAACGGAAGGAAGAUAGCUCUGAUCAACACGCCGUGCUGUGGGAGAUUUUCGGUUUGCAGGAUUCACCGGAGGUUGUCAAACAAGAACUGGUUUGCAGUGUUUUUUGAAAACAGAUUCAGCAUCGAGAAGCACCUCGGUCUCUUUGGUGAGAAAAUCUGGAGACACACCAUAGUGAUCUUUACAGGAACCGAUCCACUGAAGGACAAAUCCAUCGAGCAGCACACAACGAAUCAAGAUAUUCAGCAGAUCAUACAGAGAUGUGGAGAAAGAUAUCAUGCCUUUGAGACUGAAAAUGAAAGUACUGGAGACCAAAAACUGCUCAUCAAGAUUGAUGAUGUUGUGGCAGCAAACAAUGCCAAGCAUUUUGAAACUCAUGAUGACGUGCUACUAGAGAUAAAGACAAAGAGAGAAGAAAUAAAAGAAAGAGCAAAAGCCAGACAGAAAAUGUUGCAGGACAAAAGAGACAUACUGAAAGAAAUAAAUGAAUGUGUGGCUCCGCUCUCAAAACUGAGAAUUGUUCUGCUGGGUUGGAUCCUGUCUGGGAAGAGUUCAGCAGCAAACACUAUUUUUCAUAAUAAAACAUUUGAAAUAGAAGGUACAAAAACGUGCACAAAAUACUCUGGUGUUGUAAAUGAUAGAUCAGUAACUGUGUUGGACACUCCGGGCUGGUGGAAGUAUUUUGCGCCUAAAUUCAACCCAAAGUUUGCACAGGCUUCAAUCCUGGAGAGUGUAGGCCAAUCACAACAAAUGAAAUUCCCUCAUGCCAUGAUCCUAGUGAUUCCUAUUGAUACUUCAUUCAGUAACGAACAGAAACGAAUCAUUGAACGGUACAUGGCCACUCUAGGAGAAAACAUCUGGAGACACACUAUAGUUCUGUUCACGUGGGGCGACAGAUUCCCAGACAUCUCAAUCGAGCAACACAUUGAGAGUGAAGGUGAAGCUCUUCAGUGGCUGAUUGAGAAAUGCAGGAACAGAUAUCAUGUCUUUGACAACACAGACAAGAAGAAUCGAGAUCAAGUCUCAGAGCUGCUGCAGAAGAUUGAUGAGAUGGCGGCAGAAAACAGUCUGUUCUGCAUCAACACUGACUGUGCUGCAGAAGUGAACGUUCAUGAGACUGACACACAACAAGACGAGGAAUUAAGUCUGAACACUGACCAAUUACUGAAAUUAAUGUUCCAGGAGCUGAAAAACAGGCAUAAAGAGAUGAAAAGGAAGCUGCAAGAAUUAGCGCUGGACGUCACUGGAUGUAUAGAAGCCAGAAGUGAUCGAAGCAUGGAAUAUCCCAUAGAAUUGAAAGCUGAUGAGAAAGUCAUGGAGAAGGUAAGGAGAGAAGGAAGCAGAUGGGAAGCAAUUUUAAUGGACGGGAUCUUGAACAUUCAGAAUCCUGAAGCAUCUUGUGAUGAAAAUAUGAGUGUCAAUGAAAAGGUGUCUUGGUGGCUUCAAAAAUAUGAGGAAUACAGCACAUCUGAAACAUCGGGAUAUAAAACAGAGCAAAAUGAUCCAGUAGAACAUCCACAGAAUCUAGAGGAGUCAGAUAAUACAUCUGAACUGUUGGAUGAAAAUGUUAUAUGUCUGUAA